AUAAGAUUUACCAACAUCACCAUAAUGCGUAAUCCGGUUAUCUUCACCUCUGCCUCUUGGGAGGGAAAAAGACCGGUCACGUCCUACUGUAUAACAACAUAAAGUGCGGCAAUAACGUAAGUGGAGGCGUGCGCUGUCGCGGUGGGAGCGUGUAAAGGAAGGGAGGGCAAUCUUGUCCAGACUCUAAUAAGAACCCAAUGGCUAGCGCACGGCGGGCAGGAGCGAUUCAACACGACACGAGACACAAGUGGACCGACAAAACAUCUCGAGGCGCAUUGCUGGAGGCAGGAAUGGGAUGAGAUUCUGAGAAUGCGAUCAGGAGAAUUCGCAGAGGAGAUAUUUCACAGAGACGCAACAGUGAGGUAGGUGCGCGUCAGGUUUGCUAUUGCUGAACUGCCCGGUGACUGGAGAGAGAGGCGGUAGGUAGGUAGGUAGGCAGGUAGGCAGGCAGGCGACUGGAAGCUCGAGAAACACCUGCAUGGCAACAGGUACCUGUACCUCCAAAGACUGAUAAGGAUGAGAACUAUUUAUUUUUCAUUUAUUGUGAACAGCAUAAAGGAUGAUAAAUCUUAAACAUUCUGAAAAGGAAAAUAGUUUUAAGUGUCAUAAAUUAUUAAGGGAGUAAUCGACAAAACAUGAAACUACAUAAGCAAGAGGAUAUAACAAUACAGUAGAGAUUAAAGUUCAUUUUAAAGGGUCAACAUGGAUUUUUACAGAACGGCGUCCCUGUACUUCCAAUGGGGAUUUUGAUCCAUAAUGGCCAACCUUGCUCUAUAGAAACAUUAUAACACCUUUACAACUCAUGCUCUGGAAUGGACCACCACCAAGAUUUGACCCCCAUCAUUCAAAUGCAUUUAAGUGCCUGAGACGGGGCUUGCUUAGUGGGCACGGUGGAUCAUUGAAGGUGUCCCCAAUGAAGGUGUCCUCCUGGUGGGAAAGCCUGGCACGGCUUGGCCUGCUCGCUAUCUUCACGUGGAGCUCCCUGGUCCAGGGGUGCGGGCCAGGACCUGGGUAUGGCAACCGCCCUAGGCCCAGGAAACUCACCCCCAUGCCUUACAAGACCUCCUUCCCCAAACUUUCCGAGAACAACCUAGGUGCCAGCGGGAGGGUGGAGGGCAAGAUCACACGUAACUCAGAACGCUUUAAUGAACUGGUGUGUAACUACAACACCGAUAUCAUCUUCAAAGAUGAGGAAAAAACCCUUGCUGACCGCUUCAUGACCAAGCGCUGUAAAGACUGCCUCAACAAACUAGCCAUAGCGGUGAUGAACCACUGGCCUGGGACGAAGCUGAGGGUGACAGAGGCCUGGGAUGAGGAUGGCCAUCACCCUCCUGACUCUCUUCAUUAUGAGGGACGGGCUGUGGACAUCACCACGUCAGACCGCAUCCCAGACAAGUACGGCAUGCUAGCCCAGCUGGCUGUGGAGGCUGGCUUUGACUUUGUGUACUAUGAGUCCAAGUACCAUGUGCACUGCUCUGUCAAAGCUGAUCACUCUGUGGCGGUGGAGAAGGGGGGCUGUUUCCCAGGCUGGGCCCGGGUGACCUUGGCCGGAGGGGGACAGAAGACACUGGCCUCCCUGGGGCCUGGAGACAGAGUGUUGGCCCUGACUGGGUCAGGACACAUCGUCCUCAGCCGCGUCCUUCUAUUCCUACACCAAGACCAUGAGAGCAGGUCCACUUUCCUGGUCCUGGCCACAAAAGAUGGCCGCCGCCUAGCCCUCUCUCCCCACCACCUGGUCUUCCUCGCACCCCAUCACAAACUCCACCACAGUGAGUACAAGGCUCAGUUUGCCAGUAGAGCCAAACCGGGGGACUAUGUACUCGUCCAUGGAGCGGACGGCCGAGUACAACCAUCCAGGAUCACAUCUGUAUCGCAGGAGGAAGGGAUGGGUGUAUACGCACCCCUUACAGAACACGGCACUCUGUUUGUGGAUGGGGUGCUGGCAUCCAGCUAUGCACUUAUAGAGGACCAUAGACUGGCACACUGGGCGUUUGGGCCUCUGAGACUGCUGCUGUCAUUCACCCAGCUGGUUCGGGGGGAGGGCACACUGGGAGCGCAGGUCACAGAGGCAGAGAGAGAGCACACGAAGAAGCCCACUCACUGCAACACUCAACACAUUUGUGUGAAUCAGACACUCAGCAGCCCAGGCAUGUAUGUGAAUACAAACACUUCAGACAGACAAAGCAGUUGGGCUGCUGUACCCAUAAACAGAGACAUUGAGAGGGGACACUGUGACUCUGUGCGAGAAAAGGUUUUGAGUGUGCACUGGUAUGCUAGGCUGCUACACAGGCUUGGACAGUUCUUUCUAGACCCAAAGACAUUUCAUCAUUAGGUUAAAGGCACUAUAGGUUCAACUCUGGUGCCUGUAUACUACUGCUAAUUGCUACUUUACUGUUACAUUUCCAGUGUCCUACUGAUAAUUGCUACUGGACUGUUACAUUUCCAGUGUCCUACUGAUAAUUGCUACUGGACUGUUACAUUUCCACAGUGUCCUACAGAUAAUUGCUACUGUACUGUUACAUUUCCAGUGUCCUACUGAUAAUUGCUACUGGACUGUUACAUUUCCACAGUGUCCUACAGAUAAUUGAUACUGUACUGUUACAUUUCCACAGUGUCCUACUGAUAAUUGCUACUGUACUGUUACAUUUCCACAGUGUCCUACUGAUAAUUGCUACUGUUCUGUUACAUUUCCACAGUGUCCUACAGAUAAUUGCUACUGUACUGUUACAUUUCCACAGUGUCCUACAGAUAAUUGCUACUGUUCUGUUACAUUUCCACAGUGUCCUACAGAUAAUUGCUACUGUACUGUUACAUUUCCACAGUGUCCUACUGAUAAUUGCUACUGUACUGUUACAUUUCCACAGAGUCCUACUGAUAAUUGCUACUGUACUGUUACAUUUCCACUUAUGUUCCUAUUUUUUCUACUGCCCUGUCUUUUACUAAAAUGUUAAACCUUAUGCACCCCGAAAGAGUAUAUUUGCAUCUUACUGGUAAUUGCAUUGUAAUGUAUUAAUAUUGUAUUUCCUCUUUUACUUUCAGUAAAUGUGUUGAUGGUUGGUUUGGGUGCAGGUAGAAUCGGACAAUGUCUUCAAAGAUAAUGUGUUCUAGAAGGCUUUUAUACAAGUUCAUUCCUGAGAGAAAUGGACGCCAUAAUAACGGAAUCAGCAUGUGUAUUGUCAAGAAUCCAUUGUAUAUGUAUCUUAUUUAGAUAACAUCUACAGUAUAAGCCAACAUAAAAUGUGGGUUUCCUAUAUGCUUUAUUAUUCUAAAACAAUGAGGAAAUAUGAGUAUGUGCCAGAACAAGUCAAAGCUUUAUUUUUGUACCUUCUGAAUCAUAAUAUAUAAAUGUAGCAAUUUAUUGUAAUUAUUAUAACUAUGGCCUCAUUUGUUAUGUUGACUUUUAAAAGUGUAAUUAAACAAAUAAUAAUGCAUCACUGUGUACCGUAAACCCUGCUUGUGUUCCUGUUUUACAUGUAGAUUCUCGGCGUUAAAUCGUUUUCUCUCCUAGGGUUUGGGUUUGCAAAUUACAUUUACAGAACAUGUUAGAAGAUGUUUAAUUGAUGUAGUUCUGUCCUUGAACUGUUCUUGUCUAUUAAUGUCCUGUAUUAUGUCAUGUUUCAUGUGGACCCCAAGAAGAGUAGCAGCUGCUUUCACAACAGCUAAUGGGGAUCCUAAUAAAAUACCCAAAAGACUACAUGAAAAACUUGAGAAAUCUGACCAUGGCCUAUAGUCAUAUUUGGAGCCUCCGAAUUACAGUGGGAGCUGUCUUCUUGGUGCAUAUGUACUGUAGCAAAACAUGUGUACUGUAGCAGAAAGGGUUAAAACUCAGACAUCCAGCAGAACUGGUGGCCCAGUAGUUAAUAAGAAACCCAGACUUAAUAUUGUCCCUUGCUGCCCUUUCUCUCUGUUUAUCUUAAUUAUGUUCUCCAUCCCGGCUCCUGAGUAAUGGAAUCUCUAUGCUCUGAUUCUCCAAGUAUUUCACAAGUGUAUUUGUAACAUAGCUUGUUAAUGGUGACCUGUACUGUUAUUGACACUUCCUUUCUGUUAUUAACCUAAACGAACAAUCC